AUGACGUGUAAAUUCAAAGAUAAAGGGGUUCCCGGGAGGCCCAGGAAGCGCUUGCGACAGGACCAUCCAGAGGAUAGCUUCCAAAAUGAAGAUAAGCAGACAGAAUCCUCAAGUUCGUCAAGUCUUUCGCCUCACAGGCCUCGACCCGCUGUGCACUUUCCAGAAGCCGUCGACCCGUUACUCAGCGCGGAUGAGUUCCAGUCAUUGCCAUAUGAGAUUUCCGGAAAUUGUGGAUUUGACCCUUUGCAUUGGGAGAUGCUCGAGAACGGGAACAUUUUCUCUGCUCCACUGGAAACAUGGCAGAAUUUACAGCAGAGCGUAACAAAUGAGCUUGAAAUCCAGUCGACAGCCCUUGGUGCCUAUGCAUCUCCGGUUUCACUCUCCCAGUCGUGUAAAUGUGACGAAGAGGUAUCGAAAAUAAUCCGCAAUUUGAGUCGCACGAAUAUGUCGCAUGAUACCAUCAAUACGAUUCGCGCAGGGUUGUCUCUCACAGAAAGGCUUCUUACAUGUCUAAUAUGCUACGAUGUGUCGAAGCCGCCUCGAUUGACCGUUCAAAACGUGCUCCUGAUCGGGCAACUCAUGUUCGGAGUAACAGCCGGCUACCAGAAGUACCUCCGUUGGUUGAGAAAAUAUUGUUCCGAGCUUGAGAUGAGGAAUGAAACCGAGGCCAUCAAUCUAGAUGCAGGUCUUGGACUUCCACCAGGCCCCGGGUUACAAAUGAGUGGCGACAAGUUCUACGAACUCGUCACGCAUGGUCUACAGUCUGAUGCAAAACAUCUCUUAGUGCUAGGACAUAAGUUUGCAAUGCGGCAGCGCAAUCGGCAUUUGGUCGGCCACGAAAGUUGCCCCAGUCUAGAGGGUGGCUGCCGGAAGAAAGAAGACAUGAAUUACGAUCCGCUUGAUCUCUGUCCGCAAGACCCAGUGGCAAGGAAGUUAGUGCCUUGUUUUCGAAUCGUCGGGGAAGUUCGAGGAAUGAUCAAGGAUCUUGCAGUUGCCCUUGUAUAA